UAUCUAUCUCUCUCUAGGUAAUAAGCAACCAGCUGCAGUUUAAUGGUUGCUUAUUAUCUAGAUAUAUAUCUAGAUAGGUAAUACCAAAGUGUGUGUGUGUGUGUGUGUGUGUGUGUGUAUAAUUAGCACCAGCUUAGCUAGGUAUACCUAUGUUGCUUAGUCUGUACAUUAAAAAUCUGCCCUGCCUUGGAAGAGAAAACACCCCCUUUGCAAAUGGAGAGGGAGAGUUGCAAAACUGCAACUUCUGCACCCGGACUUCCUGGUGCUCAGCGCAGCACCGCUGCAACGUGUCAUUGUGCUGAAGCAGCAUAACACAGCACUAUGAGUCAGGUCAGGGUGACAGACACUGAUGAGGGCUUUCCUCCUCCAGGCUGGUCUUGCCAUGGGUGCUGAUGCAUGCGGGAAAGGCACCAAUCACCUUUAGCCUGGGCUCGGGCGGCGAGGAAAAGGAAGCCUUCGCCAGAACCAGAAGGUGAAGCUGGACCCCCUAAGAUCAAUGGAGAAUCACAGCCGUGGUUGCCAGCCUCAUCAGAAGGGAUGAAAAUGCCCAUGACAGCAACACCUUUCAUGUCCCCUCCACCUCCAACUGCCUCCCCUCAUUCCAACCGGACCACGUCGCCGGAGACGGGCCAGAAUGGCCAGUCCCCUAUGGCUGCACUCAUUUUAGUAGCAGACAACGCAGGGGGCAACCACGCCUCCAAAGAUGCCAAUCAAGUUCACUCCACCACCAGGCGGAAUAGCAGCAGCCCACCCUCUCCGUCCUCUAUGAACCAAAGAAGGCUGGGUCCCAGCAGGGAGGUGUCAAGUCAGGGGGCAAACACUGCUGGGGGGUUGGAGCCUGUGCAUCCUGCCAGCCUUCCGGACUCAUCUCUAGCAGCCAGCGUCCCCUUGUGCUGCACCCUAUGCCACGAGCGCCUGGAAGACACCCAUUUUGUGCAGUGCCCCUCAGUUCCUUCUCAUAAGUUCUGCUUCCCUUGCUCCAGACAAAGCAUCAAACAGCAAGGAGCUAGCGGGGAGGUGUAUUGUCCCAGUGGGGAAAAAUGCCCUCUGGUGGGCUCCAAUGUCCCUUGGGCCUUCAUGCAAGGCGAGAUUGCAACUAUUCUUGCUGGAGAUGUGAAAGUGAAAAAAGAGAGAGAAUCAUGACUUUUUCCAGUGUCGCGAUCCAACAGCACCGUUAACUAAAACUGCUUGAAUUGUGUAUAUAUCUAUAAAUAUAUAAAUAUAUAUAUAUAAAUAUAUCUCCGAGACAAGGGAAAUGUAGACUUCAUAAAACAUGGCUGUAUAAUUUUGAUUUUUUUGAAUACAUUGUGUUUCUAUAUUUUUUGAAGACAAAAGGUAUGUACUUAUAAAGGCAUUUCUUCUUUUUGUUAUAGCUACUAUUUGUUGUGCUUCCCUGGUGACAGUUACUGUUCAACGUAGGCUGUGACUUGCGCUGCUUUUUUUAGAGAGCACUUGGCAAACCAGAAAUGCUUCUAGCUGUAUUUGUAUGCACUUGUUUCUUUUUUGAAUGCCAAAUACACAUUCUGACAUUGUAAA